CUACCCAAAACAUUUUGGGAUUCCAUUAACUUCAUAGGAACAGUAAGCAAAUUCUGAGAAUUAACCAACAUGCCCUGCACAUCCUUAUUAGCAUUUAGUUCCCCCACCAAAGGAACCACAUCAUAACCAUUACUCUGAUUCCGAUCAGCGUAAACUCCCUGUUCCAACCCAACACCCUCGGUAGGAACCAACUCUUGCAUAACAACAUUAGAAACCAACCUCACAUUGGUAUCCGGCACCAGAUUGAUACCCUCAUUCAUAAAAUUAUUUUUUAAUUUAUUUACAUAGUAAAUACAUCUAAAUAAAAUUUUAAAACCAAUAAUAUAAAUAAAUAAAUUUGAAUGUUAACCUAAUCAAUUAUGUACAAAAACAUAUUUAUUUAUUAUUUAAUAGUCUUAAAAUUUUUUUAUUAUUAUUUAAUAAAUGACCCACAAUAGCACUCAUAUAAUGAUAAUUCAGACUUCUACAUUAAAAAAAUGAAAUAUAUUACCGUAGACAGUUGUUUUUUUGGUCAACUGAUAUGCCUAUAACCUAAAUGGACAGUUGUAAUUAUCUUUAAAAAAUCAUUUAUAAAUAUUUAAUAAUAAAUAAAUUAAUGAAUAAAUUAUAUACUGAAUUCAUCUAAUAAAUAUAAUUUAUGUCAUAAUAUUCAUGCAUCAAAUAAAAUAAUAUAAUUUUUAUUCCAUUUUGAUAUAAUUUAUAUGAAUAUUUUUGUGUAAUUAUUUAAAUAAAGUUGGUUAUACUUAUACCCAACAAUUUUCGAAAUUUUCUAAGAUGUUUCCGCGUUGACCCCAACUUAGUAAUCGUUAAUGGUCCGCACAUUAUUGCCAGCGAACCAAAGAAAGUGACAAACGGACCAAUUAGCCAUCCACCGUUCACGCUCCCGAAUUACACGAACGCCUUCUUAACCUCCUCUUUCUCCUCCGUUCCUCUUCCCCCAUUCGACCUCCCCUCCCGUCUGCUGCAAUGCGGGAGGUCCAAAUGAACAAAUAAAAAAACAAAAUUUUGCACAAUGCGAAUGCGAGAAAGAAUAAUGGAUGCCCGCCUAAUGUUCUUGGCAGCUUUGAUGUUUUUCAUUGCUGCCUCGACGGCGUCUGAGCAAACCCCACCAUCCUCCAUCUCCCGAUUCGCUCCGGCCGACAACUUCCUCAUCGACUGUGGCGCCACCGCUCCCAUCGCCAUGCCUGACGGUCGCUCUUUCAAGACGGACCUCCAAUCCUCCCCCUUCCUAUCCUCGGCCGAUCAACUCAUUGCCUCCAUCCCCUCCGCCUCCAACAUCCCCUCCCCUCUAUACCUCUCCGCCCGCAUCUUCCGCAACGCCGCCACCUACGUCUUCCAGCUCUCCCGCCCUGGCUGGCAUUGGAUCCGCCUCCACUUUCUCCCUAUUUCCUCCUCCGAUUUCGACCUCACCCGCGCCGUUUUCUCCGUCACCGCCAACGACUACGUGCUCCUCCACAGCUUCAACAUCGAUGAAGCUUCGAAGUGGGUUCUGAAGGAGUUCCUCAUCAACGCCACAAAAGAUCGUUUAUCAAUCCAUUUCUACCCAAUGCGGAACUCCGCUGCCUUCAUAAACGCCAUCGAGGUCGUCUCUGCCCCCGAUCUCCUCUUCACAGACUCCGCUUCGUCACUCUACCCGAUCGGUGAGCUCACCGGUCUCUCCGACUACGCGUACCACACAGUAUACCGCCUCAACGUCGGUGGCUCCACCCUCACCUCUGCUAAUGACACUCUCAACCGCCUAUGGUCCCCUGACCGCGAUUACCUUUUUUCGAAAUCUACAGCAAAUGCUAUCUCCGUUGAGGCCAAGGUCGUAGAGUACCCUGACGGCGGAUCACCGCUCAUCGCUCCUCCUGCCGUUUACGCCUCAGCCGUUCACAUGGCCGAUGCUCGCGUGGGAAGUCCCAACUUCAACGUGACAUGGCAGCUCAACGUCGAUUCCUCCUUUAGCUACCUCGUUCGCCUCCACUUCUGCGACAUAAUCAGCAAGUCUCUUAACGAUCUUUACUUCAACGUUUACAUCAAUGGCUUCGCUGCCAUCUCUGGCCUCGAUCUCUCCACCCUCUCAGGCGGGCAGCUUGCCACCGCUUACUACAAGGACAUUGUCAUGAACGCCUCUGUCGCCUCCGACCGGAUCACAAUCCAGAUUGGACCUAUGGAGGAGGAAACCGGUACCACCGACUCCAUUCUGAACGGCAUUGAGGUUUUCAAGAUGAGCAACUCGGUCGGAAGCCUAGACGGGGAGUUCGGCGUGGACGGCUCCAAGGGUGGCGACGACAGCGGUUUGUCGAAUCGGAAGGCUGUUGUGGCGGUGGGAUUCGCGAUGAUGUUCGGAGCCUUCGCCGGGCUUGGCGCUAUGGUGGUAAAGUGGUAUAAGCGGCCUCAGGACUGGAGGAAGCGCAAUAGCUUUUCUUCGUGGUUGAUCCCCAUUUACGCUGGUCAUUCAAGCUUCUUGAGUAGUAAGGGAGGCGGUACAGGCUUUGGCUCCAAGAACGGUUACACCUUUUCAUCGAACCUCGGCUUGGGCCGCAACUUCUCGCUUGCUGAGCUUCGAGAGGCAACAAAGAACUGGGCCGCCAACGCCAUCAUUGGUGUUGGCGGCUUCGGCAACGUAUACAUAGGAGAGCUUGAUAACGGAACAAAGGUCGCAGUCAAGCGAGGAAACUCCCACUCCGAUCAGGGUAUUACAGAGUUUCAUACAGAGAUCCAGAUGCUUUCCAAGCUCCGCCACCGCCAUCUCGUUUCACUCAUCGGCUAUUGCGAUGAGAACUCAGAGAUGAUUCUUGUAUACGAGUACAUGGCUAACGGACCCUUCCGUGACCACAUCUACGGUAAGAACCUUCAACCGCUGACAUGGAAGCAGAGACUUGAGAUCUGCAUCGGGGCAGCACGAGGCUUACACUACCUCCACACCGGAACCGCACAGGGGAUAAUCCACCGCGACGUUAAGACAACUAAUAUCCUCCUUGACGAGAAUUUUGUCGCCAAGGUGUCGGAUUUCGGGCUGUCAAAAGACGCGCCGGGAAACCAGACCCACGUGAGCACGGCGGUGAAGGGAAGUUUCGGGUACCUUGACCCGGAAUAUUUUCGCCGGCAACAGCUCACGGAAAAGUCCGACGUGUAUUCCUUCGGCGUGGUGUUGCUGGAGACAAUAUGCGCUCGGCCUGCGUUGGACCCGGCGCUGCCGCGAGAGCAGGUGAACCUUGCGGAAUGGGGGAUGCAGUGGAAGCGAAAGGGAUUGAUAGAAAAGAUCAUUGACCCCCAUCUCCUCGGCACCAUUAACAAUGACUCGCUGAAUAAGUACGUCGAGGCGGCUGAGAAAUGCUUGGCAGAGCAUGGAGUCGACCGUCCGUCCAUGGGCGAUGUGCUUUGGAACCUGGAGUACGCAAUGCAGCUGCAAGAAGCUAAUCCGCCGGCGCCGGCCGGUACUUCUGAACCUAUUACGUUGAAUGUGGAGGAGAAGGUGAAGGGGAAUGACGAGGAGGAAGGGAAGAAGAAAAAAAAUGAGUUUUCUCCUCCAGUUGAGGUGGUUGUAGCGCCGGCGGUGAGCGAUGACUCUAGCACGGCGGUGGCGAAUGAGUUAUUUGCUCAGCUCGUGGGAAUGAAGGGCAGGUGAUGGCAGGGGACAAACAAUGGUUAAAUCAACGGUCGAUGUUGGCGGAGCGGCCGAUGAUGCGGUGGUUUUCUGGUUCUUUCGGCAGCAGGUCGACGUAUUAUUUUGUGUCGUGCGUUUUGUGUUUUUUAAAUUUUAAAUUUUUUUUAAGUUGAGCGUUGGGGAAAUGGCUAUAAUCGAAACGGCCGAUUAUCAGUUAUCAUCGUAAAUAAUGAUUUUAUGAAUAUAUGAUAUAUUCUUUAUGUUUUUUAAUGUAGUUUAAUGAAUGAAUAUAUUUUAGAUCAUUCUUCAAGGAAAGAAACUGUAUCAGCUUAUUCAGAUAUAUUAUUGAAAUUUUUUAAAUAAUAGAAUAAUUCAUUAAUAUAAAAAAUAUCAUGAUAGACUUAAACAAUAUUAUUUUUAUUUUUAUACUGGUGCAGCAUAAAUUUUUAGACUAUA